CAUCCAACAGCAUGUACAAAAAUUUCAGGAAUUCGAUAAUCUAAAGAUCAGCAAUCCGGAUCUUAAAACGCUUCUGGAGGUGAGGCUGAUGCAUUUCAAUGAUGUCAUACAAGCAAGCAGCGACACUGUUAUUUUGUCCAUAAUCGAUACCCUACACCAAUAUGGGUUUGAUGGGCUGAACAUCUUCUUGACAUGGAAUAUGGACUCUGAAUUCGAAGCGCUCAUCCAUAACCUCCGACUGGCCUUGACUUCAAAUGACGGUCUACUGCUCACUGCUAGUGUUUCCGCUACCCCAGCAGUCAUUGCUGAUAGUUUUCAGGUCGACGAAAUUGCCAAUAACCUAGACUUCUUGAAUGUGAGGACGUCAGAAUUUGACAUUUUCCCCGCCAACCCAUUUUUUGAGCAAACGAAAUUUGCAAUGGAGUCCUUGCUCGUGAAGGGAGCACCGGCGCAUAAGCUAAACUUGGGAAUUGCAGCUUAUGGAGAAGAGUUUAGCAUUUUCCCCAGUUUUGUUGACCCAGGACUAACUCAAAUUCCAGGUCUCGGGACCUAUUACAAGGUGUGUGACGGCCAGCAUCCCAGUGUUUGGGUGAGCUAUGACAGCAUCGACAUCAUAAGCGCAAAGGUGGCGUAUAUAGAAGACAACAAUUUUGGAGGAGCCUUUGUCAUGCCGAUUCACCUGGAAAACAUCGAUGGGAUUAACUGCAGUCCGGGUCAAUAUUCUACCAUCCAAAAUUUGCGUGAUGUGAUGGAUAUUUGGUGAUUGAUUAUUCACUCACUUACUACAAAGAUGGAUGGUUUCAUGACAGGAAAAUAGGGCCUUACUUUAUUGUUAUAAAGAAGGAAUACAUUUA